AUGGCACAACCGGCCGACGACGUCAUUGAGAUCCUGCCGCUGGACAUCGACCCGCAGACCAAGGCGAUAGGCGCACCGGGGCUCUCGUCCAACAAGGCGCUGCAGGCGGAGCUGGCCGCGCUCAACAGCCUGCACCGGACGCUGCUGACGCUCGAGACGCCGUCGCAGAUCCCGCCGCCGCCCAUCCCUGUGAACCCGAAGCGGUCGGCGCAGAUCGGCAAGCUCAAGGACUCGGGCAACGACUGCUACCGCAAGGGCAAGUACGCCGAGGCCGUCAAGUUCUACGGGCUCGGCAUCGACAUGGCCCUCAAGCGCCCGCUGUGGGAACCGCAGCAGCUGGUGCGCGAGGAGGUCGCCGCCCUCUUCGCCAACCGCGCCCAGGCGCACAUGGGCCUGACCAGCUGGGCCGAGGGCGCCGUCGACGCCGAGGCCAGCGUCGAGGCCAAGCGCGUCGGCAACGCAAAGGCCUGGUGGCGCCGCGGCCGCUGCCUCGUCGAGAUGGGCCGCCUGGAGGAGGCCCGCGAGUGGGUCGGCCGCGGCCUCGAGAUGGAGGGCGAGGAGGCCGACCUCAAGGCGCUGCUGGCCGAGGUGGACACGAAACUGGCUCAGGCCAAAAGCUCGUAG